UGAGGGGGGCGGUCCGGGACAGAUACUUUCCCUUACUGAAUUUAGAGAUCAGAACUCUAGGUACUCUGGGAAACACCUCCAAUCUCCCUGCUUCAGUUGCGUCUGGUGUUAGCAAUGAGAAACUUGUUUAUUUGAGAGGCUGGGUUCUCCUGGGCCCAAGGGGGUGGACUGUAAUUGUGUAUCUACAAAGACAGGCUGUUUUGCAUCCCCCCCAUAGCAUGGCAAGUGGGAUAGUAGUUUGACUUACACAGUAUUAAGAAGCACCUCGUGCCUUGAAGAGGUCCUUUAGGAAUUUUAACACUGUUGAAAUCAGGUGUGUUCUUUCCCCACCCUGCACCAGGCUGGGGCAUUGUCUUAAAGCUUGGCUGAAGAGGAAAUAAAAACAGAACAGGAGGUGGUAGAGGGCAUGGAUAUCUCCACUCGCUCCAAAGAUCCUGGCUCUACAGAGAGAACGACCCAGAAAAGAAAGUUCCCCAGCCCCCCGCAUUCUUCCAAUGGCCACUCACCACAGGACACAUCCACAAGCCCCAUUAAAAAGAAAAAGAAACCCGGCUUACUGAACAGUAACAAUAAGGAGCAGUCAGAACUAAGACAUGGUCCGUUUUACUAUAUGAAGCAGCCACUCACCACAGACCCUGUUGAUGUUGUACCGCAGGAUGGACGGAAUGAUUUCUACUGCUGGGUUUGUCACCGGGAAGGCCAAGUCCUUUGCUGUGAGCUCUGUCCCCGGGUUUAUCACGCUAAGUGUCUGAGACUGACAUCGGAACCAGAGGGGGACUGGUUUUGUCCUGAAUGUGAGAAGAUUACAGUAGCAGAAUGCAUCGAGACCCAGAGCAAAGCCAUGACCAUGCUGACCAUUGAGCAACUGUCCUACCUGCUCAAGUUUGCCAUUCAGAAGAUGAAGCAGCCAGGGACAGAUGCCUUCCAGAAGCCCGUUCCGUUGGAACAGCAUCCUGACUAUGCCGAGUAUAUUUUCCAUCCAAUGGAUCUUUGUACAUUGGAAAAGAAUGCUAAAAAGAAAAUGUAUGGCUGCACUGAAGCCUUCCUGGCUGAUGCAAAGUGGAUUUUACACAACUGCAUCAUUUAUAACGGGGGAAAUCACAAAUUGACUCAAAUAGCGAAAGUAGUCAUCAAAAUCUGUGAACACGAGAUGAAUGAAAUUGAAGUAUGUCCAGAAUGUUAUCUAGCUGCUUGCCAAAAACGAGAUAACUGGUUUUGUGAGCCUUGUAGCAAUCCACAUCCUUUGGUCUGGGCCAAACUGAAGGGCUUUCCAUUCUGGCCUGCAAAAGCUCUGAGGGAUAAAGACGGGCAAGUCGAUGCCCGUUUCUUUGGACAACACGACAGGGCUUGGGUUCCAAUAAAUAAUUGCUACCUCAUGUCUAAAGAAAUCCCUUUUUCUGUGAAAAAGACGAAAAGCAUCUUCAACAGCGCCAUGCAAGAAAUGGAGGUUUACGUGGAGAACAUCCGCCGGAAGUUUGGGGUUUUUAAUUACUCUCCCUUCAGGACGCCAUACACGCCCAACAGCCAGUACCAGAUGCUGCUCGACCCCGCCAACCCCAGCGCCGGCACCGCCAAGAUCGACAAGCAGGAGAAGGUGAAGCUCAACUUCGACAUGACGGCGUCCCCCAAGAUCCUCAUGAGCAAGCCCAUGCUGAGCGCGGGCGCCGGCCGCAGGAUCUCCUUGUCGGACAUGCCGCGCUCGCCCAUGAGCACGAACUCCUCGGUGCACACGGGCUCCGACGUGGAGCAGGAUGCCGAGAAGAAGGCCCUGUCCAGCCACUUCAGCGCCAGCGAGGAAUCCAUGGACUUCCUGGACAAGAGCACAGCUUCGCCAGCCUCCACGAAGACAGGACAAGCUGGGAGCCUGUCCGGCAGCCCGAAACCCUUCUCUCCACAAGCAUCUGCACCAAUCAUGACGAAAACGGACAAGACGUCCACCACUGGAAGCAUCCUGAAUCUUAACCUCGAUCGAAGCAAAGCCGAGAUGGACUUGAGGGAGCUGAGCGAGUCGGUCCAGCAGCAGGCGGCCCCCGCUCCUCUCAUCUCUCCCAAGCGGCAGAUUCGCAGCAGGUUCCAGCUGAAUCUGGACAAGACGAUAGAGAGCUGCAAAGCGCAGUUAGGCAUAAAUGAAAUCUCAGAAGAUGUUUAUACGGCUGUAGAGCACAGCGAUUCAGAGGACUCCGAGAAGUCAGAUAGUAGUGAUAGUGAAUACAUCAGUGACGAUGAGCAGAAGACCAAGAACGAACCAGAAGACCCGGAGGACAAAGAGGGUAGUGGGAUGGACAAAGAGCCGUCCACGGUCAAAAAAAAGCCCAAGCCUGCAAACCCAGUCGAGGUCAAAGAGGAGCUGAAAAGCUCAUCGCCAGCCAGCGAGAAGGCAGAGCCAGGGCCAGUCAAGGACAAGGGCAGCCCUGAGCCCGAGAAGGACUUUGCAGAAAAAGCAAAACCGUCACCUCAUCCCACAAAGGAUAAGCUGAAAGGAAAAGACGAGGUGGAUUCGCCGACAGUGCAUUUGGGCCUGGACUCCGAUUCAGAGAGUGAACUGGUCAUAGAUUUAGGAGAAGACCAUUCUGGGCGGGAGGGUCGAAAAAAUAAGAAGGAGCCCAAAGAGCCAUCUCCCAAGCAGGAUGUAGGUAAAGCGCCACCGUCCACCACGGCAGCAGGCAGCCAGUCUCCUCCCGAGACGCCGGUGCUCACUCGCUCGGCCGUCCAAACCCCUGCAGCCGGUGUCCCCGCCACCACCAGCACGACGUCCGCCGUCACUGUCACAGCGCCGGCCACUGCCGCCACAGGGAGCCCGGUGAAAAAGCAGAGGCCGCUUUUACCAAAGGAGACCGCGCCAGCUGUGCAGCGGGUCGUGUGGAACUCAUCAAGUAAGUUUCAAACGUCCUCCCAAAAGUGGCACUUGCAGAAGAUCCAGCGCCAGCAGCAGCAGCAGCACAGCCAGCAGCAGCAGCCUCAGCCUUCCCAGGGGACGAGAUACCAGACCAGACAGGCCGUGAAAGCUGUCCAGCAGAAAGAGGUCACGCAGAGCCCGUCCACCUCCACCAUCACGCUGGUGACCAGCUCGCAGCCGUCACCCCUGAUCAGCAGCUCGGGCCCCAGCAGCACCCUUGCGUCUUCGAUCAAUGCCGACCUGCCCAUUGCCACGGCCUCCGCCGAUGUCGCCGCGGAUAUCGCCAAGUACACUAGCAAAAUGAUGGAUGCAAUAAAAGGAACGAUGACAGAAAUAUAUAACGAUCUUUCCAAAAACACUACUGGAAGCACAAUAGCGGAGAUCCGCAGGCUGAGGAUCGAGAUCGAGAAGCUGCAGUGGCUGCACCAGCAGGAGCUGUCUGAGAUGAAACACAAUUUGGAGCUGACCAUGGCCGAAAUGCGGCAGAGCCUGGAGCAGGAGCGGGACCGGCUCAUCGCAGAGGUGAAGAAGCAGCUGGAGCUUGAGAAGCAGCAGGCGGUGGACGAGACCAAGAAGAAGCAGUGGUGUGCCAACUGCAAGAAGGAGGCCAUCUUCUACUGCUGCUGGAACACCAGCUACUGCGACUACCCCUGCCAGCAGGCCCACUGGCCCGAGCACAUGAAGUCCUGCACCCAGUCAGCUACUGCCCCUCAGCAGGAAGCGGAUACUGAGGCGAACACGGAAACACUAAACAAGCCUUCUCAGGGGAGCUCUGCCAGUGCCCAGUCAGCCCCUGCAGACACGGCCAGUGCCUCCAAGGAGAAGGAGACGUCAGCUGAGAAGAGCAAGGACAGUGGCUCGACCCUUGACCUUUCUGGUUCCAGAGAGACGCCCUCCUCCAUUCUCUUAGGCUCCAACCAAGGAUCUGUUAGCAAAAGGUGUGACAAGCAACCUGCCUAUGCCCCAACCACCACAGACCACCAGCCGCACCCCAACUACCCCGCCCAGAAGUACCAUUCCCGGAGCAGCAAAUCCAGUUCCUGGAGCAGCAGCGAGGAGAAACGCGGGUCGGCCCGCUCGGAGCACAGUGCUGGCACCAGUGCCAAGAGCCUCCUCCCCAAAGAGUCUCGGCUGGACCCCUUCUGGGACUAAGGGCGAGUGGUGUCGCCGACCGCCCACCCCAUGGGACAGCAGCCUGGACGCCAGGAGAAGAGGAAACAGCGAAGACAGAACAGUGCCCCCCACCCCGAGACCAGAGAAUUUGGAAUAGAGACCUGGCCUGUGUGCCUGGCACUAGGGCAGCCUACACUACACAACGCCUGGCAUCGGCCUCGCUGAGACUGUUGGGCACUCGAGCCCUAAGCUUUAGGUGUAAAUAAUGUACAAUUGUGGAUGUCACUGACCUAGAGUACCUUCCCUUUUUAUAUUUGUAUGGACUUUAACUUAUAAAAAAAAAAAAAGAAAAGUUUAAAAACCCAACAACAAAAAAGAAUGUUUUGAUGUUGGGAAGAGGGAUGCCCAGUGGUCCAGAGUGGUCGGGGCUGGGCCGAGGGGUCAGUGUCACCUGCGGGUCCUGGUCCUGGGAUCCACGGGGAACUGUGCUGGUGUCCUCAGAGGGAGUCUGCGGCCUGGGCACAGCCAUGGGAAGCCACUGGCCCCUCACAAUGCUGUUAUUAUUAUGUCGCAAAAUGAGGCUCUCCAGAUCGGAGCUGGGGGAGCACAUUUCUUUUGUGUGAUUUCAAUGAGGACUCCUAAAAGGGAAAACAACCUUGUUUACAGAGGCUACACAGAAACAAGCCCCGCUUCAGCUAGAUUGCAGAAUUGAAGAAGGUAGGAAGUGUUAAGGG